AUGGCCAAGCGCCUCUUUACUACUCCUACGUUGCUUCGCUGUCCUCCUGCUUGCCCUCGGACAGUGGCUGCGUCGAUGGAGGUUCUCUCGUUCCGGGCCACCGCUCGCCGUCCCAGUCUGCGCCAUUUUUCGUCCAAAUCAUGGCGUCAAUACAACAAGGACAACCAUGAAAGCAAUGAACACAACAGAGGUGGAUUCGGCUCGCGGUUGCGCUUUGCCCUGCGCAACACCAAAGUCGAAUGGUACCCCAUUCCCGUCGGACUGGGUAUCGGCCUGCUAGGCCUGCUGAGUUUCUACAAGUCACAGCGUGCGGAGCGUGAUCGCCUAGCCCGCGAGGCCGCCGGAGAUGAAUGGGAGGAGGGCACACGACCCCCUCGCCGUCCAAGGAUCUCGCUCUCUGGUCCCUGGCACGUCCAGAUCAUGUCUACUCUGCCCCUGAAAGCCAUGUCGCGAGUGUGGGGUCGCUUCAACGAAAUCGAACUGCCUUACUACUUCCGCGUGCCUGGAUUCAAGCUCUACUCUUGGGUCUUCGGCGUCAACCUUGAGGAGGUAGCUGAGCCCGACCUGCACACGUACCCCAACCUGGCCGCAUUCUUCUAUCGCAAACUGAAACCCGGCGUCCGACCACUGGACCCCAACCCGCACGCACUCCUGGCACCCUCCGACGGUCGAAUCCUGCAAUUCGGUACGAUUGAACGGGGUGAGGUCGAGCAGGUCAAGGGAAUGACAUACAGUCUGGAUGCGCUGCUGGGCUCUGCCACGCCUGAAAACGCCGAUCACUCUAACCGGCUGGCUGACAAGGGCGAGGCGGAAACACAAAAGGAUGUUGAGAAUAUGUCUGCUCACGAGGAGUUUGCGCGUAUGAACGGCAUUUCAUACACACUUCCAACUCUACUCUCAGGUGAGACCGAUGCGCCCAAACGCCCUGCGUCAUUGGAUGCCUCAACUGCAUCCAAGGCUACCUCGGAAAUCCAGGUGCAGGAAGAGCUUGCUCGCGGCGAUGGAACACCGUGGUACGCACCCAAAACCGCGGCCAACCAUGCCUUGUUCUACGUCGUUAUCUACCUUGCCCCAGGUGACUACCAUCGCUUCCACUCCCCAGCUCCCUGGGUGGUUGAGAGCCGUCGCCACUUCGCCGGCGAGCUGUACUCUGUGUCGCCAUACCUCCAGAAGCACCUACCCGGAUUGUUCACGCUCAACGAGCGAGUGGCCCUCCUCGGGCGGUGGCGAUGGGGAUUCUUCAGUUACACACCGGUCGGAGCUACCAACGUAGGCUCGAUCAAAAUCAACUUUGACUCGGAACUACGCACAAAUAGCCUUUUGACGGAUACCGCGGCGGACUUGGCAGCGGCCUUGGCUUCCAAGCGGGGUGAACAAUAUCCCGGAUUUGUCGAGGCGACUUAUCGCCACGCUAGCCGCACCCUUGGCGGACACCCCCUACAGCGCGGAGAGGAGAUGGGUGGAUUCCAGCUCGGCAGCUCCAUUGUGCUCGUGUUCGAAGCUCCCCUGGGAACCCGUAAGUCUGUCGAUGCCGGCUGGCCGGACGAUGCACCAAACGAUGGCUGGACUUGGAAUAUUGAAAAGGGACAGCGCAUCAAGGUUGGAGAGAAGUUGGGUUCUGUGGGUGACGCGUGA